AUGAAGAACUCGGUCUUGCCAACCAUCGUAGAAACAUUGCACACUGAUGUGCAGAAUGCAGAUGCUAUUGAAGACCACAGAUCUCAUAUUAAUGAUUUACAGUUUACUUGCUGUAUAUGCCGAGAACUCAUCAAUCCAUGGGACAUUUUACGCCACAAACAACACCACAAAGCGCGUUCUUUACUGGGCUAUAAAACAGGCGACAAUCCAUCAGUUCUUCCCAGCCUCAUCAUCCAAAAAGAACAAAAAAUAUCUGGUAUAGAAGCGUCUUUUGAAUACAAACAGAGAGAAAUCCAGAAGAUCAACCGCUCCUAUGAAAUGCUAAAAGAAAAAUUGCUUUUGUUGACGCCAAAUAUUAAUAGAAUGAACAUAGCUUCUGAGGCCAUCUGUCAAGUUAUUAAUAUGGAUAUUAACAACGAUAUAGUAAGAUCUAUUGCCGCUUGUUCCGAAAGAAAUGCAUCUUGGCAAAGUGACAUGGAAGACUCAUUUGUCAUUCUUAAUAACUAUGGGCAAAGGAAAAAUACCUGUUUUGUUGGCAUUUUUGAUGGCUAUCAUGGAAAAUCAGCAGCGUGUACCGCAACAGUAGAGCUUCCCAUUUUAUUAUUAGAUCAGAUGUCAAGAGUAGAUGAUUCAUAUACACUGACUGAAGAGGAGAAGGUCUUUGUUAGUUCUUUUGAUUCCGUUUUUAAGGAGGAUUACAAGCAAACAGAAGAGAGCUUUACAACAGACAGAAGAGAAGCAAAAUAUGUCAAUAUUGAAGGCAUACAUGUAGCACAUGCCAAAGCUUUCUGGCGUAUGGAUAGAAUGUUGCGGUUGGGGAGAGGAGAGAGCUCCAAGUCACGCUGGAGUGGGUGCACUGCUGUCACCUGUCUACUGGAUGGGCUCACCAGUGACAAGACAGAAGCCAUGCAUAAGUCAACACAAGACAGAAGAAGGCUUGGCAUAAUACAUAUAGCUAACAUUGGAAACCUUAAAGCAGUUUUAUGUAGAAAUGGAAAAGCGUACUGCCUUACUAGAGAUCACAGCACUGGCAAUUCUCUGGAAAUGCAACGAGUCCUGCAAUGUGGUGGAUCCGUCAGUGCUAAUGAGGACUGUGGUUUGAUCGAAGGAUGUAGCAAAGUUACCAGAGGACUUGGUUUCCAUGGAGAUCCCAAACUUAAGUCUUCAAUUAUCCCGGUACCUUAUACGGUUUCCAUCCCAGUAUACAGCACAUGCCAGUUUCUCAUUCUUGCAUCAAGUGGCUUGUGGGAAGUCUUUAACGAAUGUGAAGUUGUCACAAUGGUACAGGACCUACUGGCAGCAUUUUCAGUGUGCUCGCCUAUUGCCAAUCCAAAAGACGUCAUCAGUGAACACAACCUUCAAGAACAUAACGUGGAGGAAAAAAACAAUAAUCUAAAGGCAUCUGAUUGUCUUGCAGAUGAUGGUGAUAAAAAAUCAGAAGUUUUGAACAGCCUUUCGGAUUGUGAAACCAGAACAGAAAUGACUAACAAUGUUCAUAUAUGCCACACAGAAGAAAUACACGGAGAGACCGCAGCUUAUGUUUGCCAACAGAUAAUAAAGACUGCUGUAUUAGCAGGAUGUCAGCAAAAUAUUACAGUAUGUCUCAUACUUCUACCCGGAUGUGGCAAAGUUAAACACUAG